GCUACAGCUAAAACCCAAUCUAUUGCCGAAUAAAACUAAUAAGUAAACAUUAGGCAGCGGUAGUAAGAACCGCGCCCCAUUUCCUCUUAUAACCGUUAUCGGUAAUCCAUUCACCAUAGGCCUGUCAGAUACGGCGUUGAUGGACAUGGUUGUCUCCAAUCUUCAACAGCAACGUUCCGUAACGGAACAACUUCGUAGAGAAGCCGCUAUUAAAAGGAUGCCAGUUUCCAUGGCCGUUAAGGACAUAAUUAAAUACAUCACCGAACAUGCGCAAGACGAUUGUCUCCUUGUAGGAUUUUCCAGUCAACGAGUUAACCCUUUCAGGGAAAAAACACCCUGUACGUUAUUGUAAUUAUUUAAGAUGGGUCAUUUUGGUAAUUUAUUUAGAAGUAAGGAAUUGGAAUUUCGCGAUGUAAAUUUAAAAAGGUAAAUAAUUUUUUGUAAUUGUAUUAAUUUUCUUGAAAAGGUGAUGAAAAAGUGUAGAUCUAAUCUUGAUUCAUUAGAAGUGGCCUUUCUUCUUAAUGUCCACAUUAAAUAAUAUCUAUUUAAAUGGUUUAUCAAUGUGCAGUAGCCUUGUACUAUUCAGACUGAUUGUGAACCCCUCUUUUUGGUUACAGUGAAAAGAUAUUUUUCUAUUGGCUUUUUAAAUUGCACAUAGAGCUGCUCUGUUUAUAUAUUUGUGAAAAUAUAAGAUAGAAUCUAUUCUAUUUAUUAUAUUUAGAGAAAAUAUUUGCAAAAUGUCCCAUCCUCAUAUUUUGUUAAGUAUUUAAUGAAUAUAUGUAAUAUCUAUGUAGUUUUUUAAGAAAUAUUAAAUAUAUAA